AUGAUCGUUCAAGAGCCCAUACAGGUUAUCGUUUGGGAUUGUCUUAAUAAUUAUGAAUAUGACAAUGCUAUUUUCCUGGCAGAAAGAUUACACGCUGAAGUUGCAUCGGAAGAAACUGCAUUUCUAUUGGGUACUUGUUACUACAGAGCUAGACGUUUGAAUGAAGCCCAUUAUUUGCUACAAAAUAUACCACUUACAUUGCCACAGGCUCGAUUUCUUUUAGCUAAAUGUUGUGUAGAUCUAAAACUGUACAAGGAUGCUGAAAUUGCUCUAGGAACAAAUUUAGACAUUGUUGCCUCUGAGUUUGGGGAACAGGCACCCUACGCUCUGCAACUGCUUGCAAAAAUAUUUAAUACGACAGAAAGAAGAACAAAGGCGGCUGACGCCUCAAGGAAAGCGCUUGCUCUUAACCCUUUCAUGUGGAAAUCAUUUCUUCAAUUAUGUAACAUGGGUGAAAAAGUAGAACCUCAUCAGGUAUUCCAAAUAAACAAUGCUGAAUUUACAUUUGGUGUAUCAACAUUAGUUAAUCUAGUCAGUAAUUCAGAGAAUAUAUCAUUUGUUAAUAGUAACAUUCCUAAUAAUGCUAAUGUGAAUGCCAAUGUUACUCCGAAUAAUGUGUCAAAUCGUACACCGAUGACAAUGUCAACAAGCAUAACACCAGAGACACAGGCGCCUGUGAAAAGAAUGCAUAGUGUUUUUAGUGGAAUGGCCCCAAUACCGUUUUCACCAUCGUUUGGAAUGCUACCCAUGGAAGAAUCUCCUAUAUUAUACACGCCAACACUCACAGAUUCAAAUGAGCAGAAAGCUAUUCCAAAGAUUGUUAAUUCAUUAAGAGCACAUGUCGGCCAAUUGAAAGAUGCUGUGUUCAGCCCCGGUCCGAGAUGUACACUUGGACCGGCACCACGGAGAUCAUCUAGGUUGUUUAGCAAUAACAAUAGUAGUUAUUCAGUAAAAGAAAACAAUAAGUCACCAAGUAGGAAAUUUGUAGCACCAAAAAGCCCAAGAAAAAAUAAACAGCGGACAGCUAAAAAUAUCAAAAGCAACUCCGAGACCAACGAGAGAACUAAAAAUAUAGAAACAUUAACACCUACGAUAACGCCAAAGAAUACAAAUGGUGUAGCAUUGUUGAACCUGCUUAAAGAGUUAGGAGAGGCUUAUAAAUCUCUAACACUUUUAGAUUGUAAGAAUGCAAUUAAGUUAUUUCAAGAAAUACCGCCCAAGCAGCUAGCGUCGCCGUGGGUUCAAACUAUGAUCGCCCGAGCUCACUAUGAACUGGCACAGUACGACGCCGCGGCUAAAAUAUUCGCUGAAAUAAGAAAACAACACCCAAACAGAACUGAAGGAAUGGAUAUAUAUAGUACAUGUUUAUGGCAUCUUCAACGUGAAGCACAGCUAUCAGCUCUAGCGCAAGAAUUAGUCGAAUUAGACAAAAACAAUUCAAUUUCAUGGCUAGCAGCUGGCAACUGCUUCUCACUUCAUAAAGAGCGCGAAACAGCUUUAAAAUUCUUCAAGCGAGCUGUCCAAAUCGACCCCGAAGCAGCAUAUGCUCAUGCUUUAUUAGGUCACGAAUAUGCUGUAGCUGAGGAAACAGAUAAAGCGCUGACAAGUUUCCGAACGGCUGUAAGUAUUGAUCCUCGCAAUUACGUCGCCUGGUUCGGUAUAGCAACUGUUUACGCCAGACAGGAACGUUGGAAAGCAUCAGAGGUUCAUAUUCGACGAGCUCUUGCAGUACAUCCCCAUUCUGGUGUACUAAGAUGUCAGCUAGGUUUGGCACAAGCUGCUUUAGGUAAAAUGGACCGAGCGCUAGCCACUUUAGAAAGAGCCGUGGCAUUAGACACAGAAAAUCCUCUGUGCAGAUUUCAUAGGGCUUCAGUCUUACUCAGAGCGGGGAGACCUCAAGACGCCUUAUCUGACUUGCAUCAUUUGAAAGACAUCGCACCAAGAGAAUCGUUAGUUUAUUAUUUACUUGGGAAAGUGCACAACAAACUUGGAAAUUCCCACCUAGCCCUGAUGCACUUUAGUUGGGCUACGGAUUUAGAUCCUAAGGGUACUGGAGGACACAUUAAAGAAGGUUUUGACCCCUCCAAACAGGAAGACCCUCCGGAAAGAACAUCUUAG